AUGGGCCUGAAUUGCUACAUUUGUGCCAGCAGUUCUUCCUGGGAUGACUGUGAACACAGAAAUAUGACUUGCCCGAAAUUAAGCGAUCGCUGCAUAAAAGUUUACCUCGAACACAGUGAUGAAGAAAUGUACAAGAAGUAUUGUGGCAUAGUAGGACAUUGUGAAAAAAAGGCCAACCCAACUUGCAACGCUGAGAAGGUCGCAGGCGCUAGUAAAUGUAAAAUUGAUUGUUGUGAAGGUAAUCUGUGCAACGGGGGCUCAAAACCUCAUGCCAACGCGUUAGGUCUCAAGUGCUAUAAAUGUGACAGCUGGAGCUCUUGGAAAGACUGCGAGAAAAAACGCAUAGAAUACACUUGUCCCGAUGUACACAACGAGAGGUGCCACAAAGCCAUCUAUCAUCACAAGCUACACAUGAGGAAAACGUUCACAAAAUUCUGCGCAAAAGAAGAUGACUGCAUCGAGGGAAAUCACCCAAUAUGCCUUGCGGCCACGACACAGAAUGCCACAUGCGAAAGUUACUGUUGUGAACAUGAUCUGUGCAAUAUUGGAUCAUAUGCCAUUACUAGCGGGAUGCUGCUGGCCGCAUGCGCUCUGGUGUCAGUGGCUGUUCUGGUGUCGGAAAAUAACUUCAGUGUAUUCUUUCGAGCUGAGUAA